GCGAAUCAUGUGUGUGUGUGUGUGUGUGUGACGUAUGUCUCAGUGUGAGUGUUUUUUUUUUGACAUUUGUUGGACGUUUUGUUUAUUUACGAUUAUUAAAAAUAUCAAUAUAAUUUGAAAAUAAAAAAAAAAAACAUCAAAAAUGUCGCAACGUCCCGAUGAUCAUCGUCGAAAAUGGAAUCGAGAGGAUUACGAACGAAUGGCAUUACAACGUUUACAAGAGGAAAUUGCGGAAGACGAUCUUGGAAUUCCAAAACAACCGGCAGUUAAACGUGAACUAUUAAAACAACGUGACUAUAAAGUUGAUCUCGAAUCGAAAUUAGGUAAAAGUGUCGUUAUCAAUAAAUCGACACCAUCGUCACAAACUGGCGGUUAUUAUUGUAAUGUUUGCGAUUGUGUCGUCAAAGAUUCAAUUAAUUUUUUGGAUCACAUCAAUGGGACAAAACAUCAAAGAAAUUUGGGAAUGUCAAUGAAAAUAGAGAGAUCAACACUCGAACAAGUUAAAGCAAGGUUUGCUGUAAAUAAAAAAAAACUCGAGGAGAAAAAAAAAGAUUAUGACCUUGAGCAAAGAGUGAAAGAACUAAAAGAAGAGGAGGAGAAAGUAAAGGAAUACAGAAAGGAAAAGAGGAAAGAUAAAAAGCGAAGAAUGGAAGAAGACGAUGAUGAAGACGCUGGACCAUCCGAUGAAAUGGCCGCAAUUAUGGGAUUCAGUGGUUUUGGAUCAAAGAAAAAACGAUGAUAAAGUAAUAUAAAUGCAUUUA